AUGUCUUCGAUUACAGAUUACUGUCGAUUACUUGAAAAAAUGAGUGUAAGCCGUGUCUGUCUGUCUGGCACAGGUCCACCAGUUUUUAAAGAUAAAACCAAUGGAGAGUGGAUUGCCAGACCAGAAAUGUCUACUGUGGAAAUUAAAUGUGUUGCUUGUGGAAAACCAAAACCUACCAUUAAGUGGUAUAAAAACAAGCAAUACAUUGAUCCUGGCAUGAAGGGAGGACACUACCAUAUAAGAAAAUGGAAACUUUCUAUUUUAAAUUUGGAAAAAAUGGACGAAGGACAAUAUACCUGUGUAUUAGAAAAUACACAGGGUAUAUUAAAUUUUACCUUUAAAAUUGAAGUUCUUCAAUUGACAAUAAUGACAAAACCAAUUGGUUUGGGACCAAAUAACCAGACAGUUCAAGCCGGGAGUGAUGCUAGGUUUGAGUGUAAAGUGUUGAGAAAUGACCUACAGCACCAUACACAAUGGUUACAACAAUACACAGUCAAUGGUUCCUAUCGAGACGAUGAAAACCAGCCAUAUGUCAACAUCAUACAGCAAUCCAUGGUGAAUUUAAGUCACCCAGAAAUACUGACAAUAAAGAAUGUAACAAAAGAUAAUGCUGGAUGGUAUGGUUGCUUGAUUUCUAAUCCACUUGGUAGAUAUUACCAGACUGCCUGGCUAACAGUUUUAGAUGAACAAGCAGAAGCAGUAGACAUUAGGUCAGGAGGAACAAACGAUAAAGAGCAAAUAGUAAUCUACAUUAUCGGUGGUGUCGCAUCAGUAGUUGUUCUCUUCCUGUUACUCCUGAUAUUUAAAUGUUAUAGACAUUACAAGAGGGUACAGUCCAGCAAAUAUAGAAAUGUCAAGAGAGUAAUUGUCAUGACACAGAAUGAAAAUUACCAUCCAUACAAAUCUUAUGAUGGUACACAACCAUUUGUUUUACCCACAAUCAGAAUUGAACCUGGUCCAAGAAGACGCUUGUCAUCUGAUUUGACCAUGAUGUCAGAGUAUGAUCUCCCUCUGGACAAACACUGGGAAUUUAGACGGGAACAGUUAUCACUUGGUGAACCUCUUGGGGAAGGAGCAUUUGGUAAAGUUUUUAAAGCAGAAGCUGUUGGUUUAAAUAAAGCUCCAACAACUGCCAUAGCAGUCAAGAUGUUGAAGGAGGAUGCAACCGAUAGAGAAUUGACAGAUUUAAUGCAAGAAAUGGAAGUGAUGAAAUUAAUAGGAUGCCAUGAAAAUAUCAUUAAUUUCCUGGGAUGUUGUACACAAAAUGGGCCAUUAUAUGUAUUGGUUGAACUUGCUCCACAUGGUAACAUGCGAGACUACUUGAGAUCAAGAAGACCACAUAAUUCUGCAGGAUACAAAAAGCAAGAUUUAGAAAAAGGCUCAUUCAAACCAUUAACAGAAAAAGACUUGAUAUCAUAUGCCUACCAGAUAGCCAGAGGAAUGGAAUACCUGGCAUAUAGAAAGUGUAUUCACAGAGAUUUAGCUGCAAGAAAUGUGUUAGUUACUGAAGAUGUAAUUAAAAUAGCAGAUUUUGGUUUGACCAGAAAUCUUACCAAUGUGGAUUAUUACAGAAAGACUGGAGAUGGUCGACUACCUGUGAAAUGGAUGGCUCCAGAGGCAUUAUUUGACAGAAAAUAUACUUCCAAGAGUGAUGUUUGGUCUUAUGGAGUAUUGUUGUGGGAGAUAUUUACACUAGGAGGGAAUCCUUAUCCAUCUGUACCUGUGGAAAGAUUAUUUGAACUUUUAAAAGAAGGUCAUAGAAUGGGCAGACCUCCAUAUGCUUCAGAAAAAAUUAAUAAAACGAUGCAGUCCUGUUGGCAUGAGAAUCCAUCAGGGCGACCAUCUUUCAAUAACCUUGUUAUUGAUUUUAAUCAAAUGUUGACCUCUAUGGACAACAGAGGUGAAGUAUAUCUAAAUCUAGAUGAAUGUAACAGUAUACAUCCCAUCAUAUCAUCAUGAUCAUAGUCUCUCUCAUGUACAAGGCAUUCACUGACAACUGUGUUUUAUACUUAUAGGCAGUGAUUGUUUCAUUAUCUCAAUCAUCUAGAUCGUCUUCCACAUAUUGAAUUAUACUUGACUUAAUUGUUCAAAGAAGACAACCAUGCAUCUUAUUCAAUCUCAUGUUUUUACAACAAGUGCUAUAGUGAACAAAUAAAAAGUUUUUGUUGCUCUAAUGUGCAACCUCAUUGACACCAAAGACAAAGAAAUACUAUUAGAAAUCCAGUGUCUGUGAUUUUUUUUUUUGUGAUUUGUGUUGACAAGGAUUAAUAUGUUUAAUCAUGUAAAGUACAGGAACUUAUUUCAAGUCAUUUUUUAAAUGGAAAUGUCCAAAGUUUUUGAUGGCAAUUUAUAUCAAUUGUGACGAAAAUGCGUUCAAAUGACGACAAACGAACUUCAAAUUGUGAUCUUUUGAGAAAUAAUGAAAUUCAAAUGCGAACUGUCCGGGAGUAUUAAACAAAUUAUUUAGAUCAAAUGACGAAACUAUACGUCUGGUUGUUGAAAUGCCAACUGACUAUUUUUACAGCAAAAAUGUUGUUUUAUAGUUAUGAUCUGUAAAAUUUUCAUCAUUUUUCCACAUUUUCUAUAUUAAAUUUUACAACAAAAUUAAGCUAACAAUACACAGGAUUGUCAAUAUAGUUUUUUCUGUUUUAUCAUUCUGAAAGUAGAAAUUGUGCAGGCACAAUACUGUUUUUUAUUGGCUCAUGCUUUGCAUCAUUAUACACUAUUUUAUAUAUGAUUUUGGUUAUACUGUUGAAUUACUUUAGUAUACAUUUCAAUGAAUACAAAUUUUGAUUAUUUAGAAGAAUGAAAAUAAGUGAACUUGGACCUGUGUAUGCAAAAAAAUGAACGCUCUAAUUAAAAAGAUAAUUAAG